CUAUAGUGGGUACAUCCCAACCGUCCGGGACACGUUCAUUUACUCCCGCUCUCCUCCGCCUUCCGCCACCGCAAAUCCCUCCGAUCGAUCGGCACCACCCGAAAACGACCCCGGAAAGCCUCCGCUCCCCGCGGCGGAAGAUGGCGGCGAGCGACGCGAAGAUCGGGAGGAGGUUCGAGGGCAAGGUCGCCAUCGUCACCGCCUCCACGCAGGGCAUCGGCCUCGCCAUCGCCGAGCGCCUCGGCCUCGAAGGCGCCGCCGUCGUCAUCUCCUCUCGCAAGCAGAAAAAUGUGGAUGAGGCUGCUGAAAAGCUCAGGGCAAAGGGUAUAGAGGUUUUGGGCUUGGUUUGCCAUGUUUCCAAUGCACAGCAGAGGAAAUCCCUGAUAGACAAGACUGUUCAGAAAUACGGGAAAAUUGAUGUGGUGGUAUCAAAUGCCGCUGCUAAUCCAUCUGUUGAUCCCAUUUUAGAAAUCCAAGACUCUGUUCUCGACAAGUUGUGGGAAAUAAAUGUCAAAGCAUCUAUUCUACUCCUAAAGGAUGCAGCACCUCAUUUGCAGAAGGGUUCAUCUAUAGUUUUUAUCUCUUCAAUUGCUGGAUACCAGCCACAACCUUCCAUGGGUAUGUAUGGAGUGACUAAAACAGCCCUGCUUGGGCUAACCAAGGCCCUAGCAACAGAGAUGGCACCAAAUACCCGUGUUAACUGUGUGGCUCCCGGUUUCGUGCCUACGCACUUUGCUGACUUCCUAGUAAAAAGUGAUACCAUCAGAAAUUCUAUCGAGGAGACAACGCUAGUCAAGCGGCUUGGGACAACAGAGGACAUGGCUGCAGCAACCGCCUUUUUGGCAUCUGGCGACGCUUCUUAUAUAACAGGAGAAACCUUGGUGGUCGCUGGAGGAAUGCCCUCUCGACUUUAGUUCAUUCCAACAGUUUCUGCAACAAUUAGUUUCUCUCUUCCAUUCUGUUAUUGUAGCUUGUCUGACCCCCAAGACCGUCAUAUGUAUGGCAGAAUAAAACCAGCAAUAAUGAGUUGAUGCAGCCGUCGUCUUGUACCUGCCUGUACUUCUAAAGCAUAGAAUGUCACAUGAUGUGCAAUUGCAGAAAAUGCCAGGUAGCGUGAAGUAUCUAGCAUUUAAAUUUGCAUACAGAUGGAAGUGCAUUUGUUUGACUAUUGGAAAGAAGAUGCCAGGUAGCUUGAAGUAUAUAGCAUUUAAAUUUCCAUAAA